AUGGGAUCAUCAAACAAUCCUUCUCCCAUUGAGGAACAUCUAUCAGACCAUACUGAUCAUUUCCUUGCAGAAGUUUCUAGAAAAGCACCGCCAUGCGACUACGCCGAGGGGGAGUGGGUCCCAAGCGAGACGGCCCCGCUCUACAACGGGACGACGUGCGACACGAUCAAACCCGGCCAGAACUGCAUGGCGCGAGGCCGGCCCGACCGGGGCUUCCUCUUCUGGAGGUGGCGGCCGAGCCGGUGCGAGCUCCCGGGGUUCGACCCGGCCGCCUUCCUCGAGCUCGUCGCGAACAAGCACGUGGCCUUCGUGGGCGACUCCCUCGCCCGCAACCAGCUGGAGUCCCUCCUCUGCAUGACGGCCGCCGCCGCGAGGCCGCGCCUCGUCUACGCCGACGGCGAGGACAACAAGUUCCGGCGGUGGCGGAUCGCAUCGCACAACGCCACAUUCUCGAUUUAUUGGUCGCCUUUUCUAGUGAGGGGGGUUGAGAAAUCGGCUGAGAGAAACUUCAACGAGCUGUUCUUGGAUUCCGCCAACGAGAUUUGGGCGGCGGAUUUGAAGGAUUUGGAUGUUAUCAUUUUCUCGGCGGGGCACUGGUUCCUGCACACGGCGGUUUACUAUCAAAACGACGUCGUUUUGGGCUGCCACUACUGCGAGAACCACACCGAGAUCGGAUUCUACGGCGUUUUCGGAAGGGCUUUGCAGACGGCGUUUGAUACCGUAACGGAGAGAGGGGGGAAAACGGAUGUGAUCUUGACGACGUUUACGCCGGCGCAUUUCGAGGGGGAUUGGGACAGGGUCGGGGCGUGCGCGAGGACGACGCCGUUUAGGGAGGGGGAGAAGGUUCUAGAAGGGAUGAAUGAGGAGAUGAGGAGGGUUGGGGUGGAGAGGGUGGAGGAGGCUAGGGUUAGGGCUAGGGAGUUGGGGAAUUUGGAGGUGAGGUUUGAGGCUUUGGAUGUCUCGAAGAUGGCGUUGCUCCGCCCCGACGGGCAUCCCGGCCCGUAUAUGAACCCGUACCCGUUUGCCAACGGGGUGGGCGAGCGCGUGCAGAACGACUGCGUGCAUUGGUGCCUGCCCGGCCCAAUUGACGCGUGGAAUGAGAUUUUGUUGGAAUUGAUAAAGAGGUUGAGAUCGUGAUUUCUUGAUUGAUUAGGUUUUUUUUUUUUUAGAUGAGAUCGGAUUUGAUCAAGAGACUAGGAUCGUGAUUUCUUGAUUAGGGUUAUUUUUCAUUUGAAUCUAGACUAGGUCUUGUAUUUUUUUGGUUGAGAUUUUAAUAUGUGUUCUAUUUUAUUAGUGCAAAGAGCAUGUAAGUAGUGGUAGGCUUUCGUAUUGAAAUGUGCAAUAAGAAUUAGGAUUUAAUU